AUGCUGGACAUCAAAAACGAAAAGUUGACACAUGUUGUGUCUAUCACAGCCUCCGACAUUGAGCUGCAAGACCGUGUCAUCACCACGAUUCUCUCUCCACAUACUGGAAAGAAGGUGGAAAUCACUGGCGAUGUGGACGAGGCCAUGAAAGUUGUUCUCGAAGGCGAAAGAGUCACGCUUACGCCCGAGGAAGACCGUCGCUUGCUUCGCAAAAUCGACUUGUACCUAUUACCACUCAUUUGUCUCUUGUAUGCCACGCAAUUUAUGGACAAAUUGUCCAACUCGUGGGCAGCAGUGAUGGGUUUGAGAACAGACUUGCACAUGAAGGGAGAAAUGUACUCGUGGACAGGCUCUGCGUUUUACCUAGGCUACUUGGCCUUUGAGUUCCCGGCGUCCGUGUGUCUCCAAAGGUUUCCGGUGGCCAAAACGGUGUCAAUGUUCAUUGUGUUGUGGGGUGUGAUCCUUUGCUUGCACUCUGUGCCGCAAUACGCCGGGUUUGUUGCCUUGAGAACCAUUUUGGGCGGCUUGGAGUCUUCGGUCACUCCUGCGUUCGUCAUCAUCACCUCUCAAUGGUACAAGAAGGAAGAGGUUUUCCUCAGAACUACGCUCUGGUUUUCGUGCAACGGGCUUGGUCAGAUCUUGGGUUCGGGCGCCAUUGGCUACAACUUGUUCACUCAUAAGGACAGCUAUGCGCUUGAGGCGUGGAAAAUUGUCUUUAUUGCCACGGGAUGCAUUACCAUUGUGCUUGGGUUUGCCAUCUUCUUCCACAUUCCUAACAACCCAACAGAGGCUUGGUUUUUGACCGAGCACGAGAAGAAAUUGGUGGUGGAAAGAAUCCGCUCCAACCAGCAAGGCUUUGGUAACCACCACUUCAAGAAGAAGCAGUUCAUCGAGGCUUUGACCGACAUCCAGACCUGGGCGUUCUUUGUGAUUUCCUUGGCCACAAACAUCCCCAACGGUGGUUUGACUAACUUUGGCAGUAUCUUAAUGACAGGAUCCAUGCAUUUCACCACAAAGAAAACACUCUUGUGGGGAAUGAUCCCCGGAACUGUAGAGGUGGUGGGAUGCACCCUUUUCGCUUACUGCUACCGGUUUUACAAGUCCAGAAUGCUUUGGGCCACGUUUAUCUCGGCCAUGAGUGUGAUGUUCCUCUGCUUGUUGGCAUUUGCAAAGAACAAGGAUGCCCAGUUCGCUGGCUAUGCCUUGUACUCGCUCAGUCCUUUGAUUUUCAUUUGUAUCUUGUCGUCCAUUGCAUCCAACAUCGUGGGGCACACCAAAAAGGUGACUGUCAAUGCCAUUUUCCUUAUUGGAUACUGUGUGGGAAACUUAAUUGGCCCUCAGACGUUCAGAGCAAACCAGGCUCCAAACUAUGAUGGUGCCAAGGCUGCGAUGGUGGGAUGUUCUUCAUUGACUACGGUGUUGAUGAUUUUGCUCUGGAUUUAUUACAUCCGGGAAAACAGGAGAAGAGAUGCCUUGGAGUCGGCACUGGAGUUUGAGAUGAUUGAGAACCAUGAGUUUGCCGAUUUGACCGACAGAGAAAACCCUCUUUUCAGAUACACAAUCUGA